UAUACUUAAGUACAGUAAAGAAGUAUUUGUACUUAGUUACUUUACAACCCUGUCAUGAGCUGUGCCUUAGGCAUGCAGCAAUGCAGUGCACUGCCUGUGUCUUUAAGAGGAGAGGGAGUAUAAUGUGAACCAAGGAGGAAAGAAGGCACUAGGAAGCAAGUGAGAGAGAGAGUGGGUGAGGGAGAGUAAAUUUAUCCUUGGCAAAAAAAAAAAAAAAAAUAAACUCAUGUUCUGCUGAGCGCAGAGCAUCCCUGCACCGGCAUGCACAGUCUCCCAAAGCUGCACCUGCUGAAGAGUCUGCCCGCCGCUUUCCCACUUUUCCUCCUCACUCUCAUCCACGCAUCCAGAGGCUCUCCCACCCGAGCUCUCCCUCAACGCGCACACACGCACACGUGCUCGCAAUCACGCACGCGCAGUGCUGUCAAAACCCCCCAAACCGCUGCUGGACCAUAGCCAUCUCGGGGAGGAGGUUCCAGCGGAGGCGAGAGAAAGCCGGGGGAGUGAGAGACAAAGGGGAAAAAAGGAGGACGGUUGAAGGCGAAGGAGCGAAUAGGAGCGCGGGGACCGGGCGCGAGGAAGGAGACACACGGCGCUUUGUGAAGAAGAGAAAGGAAGAAACAGGAGGAGGGCGGAGUAGAGAGCCAACGCCGGGGCCUGUUUUCCUAAGCAAGAUCCUGAGCGUGGUGGAAGUCACAUGAUCUCGACAGAUGACUUGGAGUAUCCACGCGAGUAUCGGACGCUGGGGAACAGCGCUCGCCGCUUCUCCAAUGUGGGCCUGGUGCACACGUCGGAGCACCGGCACACGGUCACGGCCGCCCAGAGCCUGGAGGCCCUGACCAACCUGCACAAGGCUGACAUGGAGCGGAAACGGGACGCCUUCAUGGAUCACCUGAAGAGCAAGUACCAGCAGCAGCAGCAGCAGCAGCAGC